CUCACUUUUUCCCCUCAAUUUUUUCAUGUCUCUCUUUCAAAACGGCUACAACACCCACUCUAAUUUCAUCACGCGUCCUCUUAGCCUUUUUUCUUCCUCACAUAUACCUUUAUUUAUUAAAUCUAUAAUGACAUAAAAGUUUGAUGAGCAGCUAAAUUUCGUUGCUUCUCAUGUAAUGUUAGUCUGCUUCAAGGGCAGAGACAUAAGGAUAUUGAUGUAGUCGUUUCAUGUGAUUUGUUGUUUCAGAUGUGGAGGGCAGCUACAACGGAGUUAGUAGCAACAGCCUGUCUUAUAUUUACUCUAACAACUACCAUUAUCGCAUGCUUGAAUUCUCAUGAGGCUGAACCUAAGCUUCUUGUUCCUUUUGCCGUAUUCGUAAUUGCCUUCCUCUUCCUCAUGGUGACAGUUCCGCUUUCCGGAGGCCAUCUGAGCCCGGUCUUCACCUUCAUUGCUGUUUUGAAAGGUGUCAUAACUCCUGCAAGAGCUGCCAUAUAUGUGUUGGCUCAAUGCUUUGGCUCAAUCAUAAGUUUUGCUGUACUGUAUAGGGCAAUGAACCAGAAUGCAGAACAGAAGUACUCUUAUGGUGGGUGUAUAAUUAAAGGAAAUGGGGAAACAACUGGAAUUGAUGCUGGAUCAGCUUUAAUCCUGGAAUCUACAUGCACAUUUGUGGUACUGUUUGUUGGUGUAACAGUGGCAUUUGAUAAGAAAAGGUGCAAGGAACUUGGGUUGGGAAUGGUUUGUAGCAUAGUGGCAGGGGCAAUGGCACUUGCAGUUUUUGUGUCCAUAACAGUAACUGGGGAGGCUGGAUAUUCAGGGGUGGGCCUCAACCCAGCAAGGUGCUUAGGCCCUGCAGUGAUUCAUGGAGGCCGAUUAUGGAAAGGGCACUGGGUUUUCUGGGUAGGUCCUUUUGUUGCUUGCAUUGUUUAUUAUGGUUAUACUAAAACCUUACCAAGAGAAGGUUUAGUGUGGGACACAUCCACCAAUGACUUCAUAAAUUUGACAAAAGCCUUCAUCAGAGGGACUUCCAUUCCACCUCCUCUCCAAGAUGAAAGUGAAGAUAUCAAUGCACAUAUGUAAGUUUUUACAGAAUUAAAGUAAAGAAUUAGAA